CGUGUCCUCUCAUAUGGGCCUAUGUGAUGUGAACGAUAUAAAAGAGCUGAAGAUUUUUGAAUCAGCACAGUUGAAAAAAGUUCAGCAAACACAACGCACCUAUCUUCCACAAUGAACGCCAUGCUCGCUAUUGUCUUCUUCGCAGCCUUCGCUGCUGCCAAUUCUGCUGUUAUCGCCCCAGCAUACUACACAGCACCAAUCACAUACACUUCAAGGCUGAUUGCUUCUCCAUACGCAUCCGUGCCUGUGUCCACCCAAGUUGUAGGAGGCGCUGCAUCUGAAGACACCCUCAUAGCUGGACCAUCAGGCACCAUUUCUACAUCCAAAAACGUAGCCGGACCUGCUGUUGCAACGCGAUAUGCUCCUGUUGCAACUCCCGUUCACACUGUUCAAUAUUCUGCUAUCCCUUACGCCUACACUCAUUAUGGAGGCCUUUACUUGUGAAUGAUCCCAUGACGAUAAUGAUUGUGACUUUAUGAUUGACGAUUAGGAAUUAAAUAUUGAGUCGAAA